AUGCUGCGUAGGAAAUCGCAGGUGGAGUCCACCUGGCAGGCUGUGGGGACGGGCCAUGGGGCCAUACUGCAGACAAGCGCAUCCCCAGGCGCCAGCUGUGUCCGGCCUUUGCCAUCAAACGACACCCAGGCGUGGCUCCUGCUGUUGAAAGGCACCACCACACGGAGAGUCACGUGCUCUGGGAGUAUCAGUGGCCGAAAGGACAGAGAGUGGGGGCAGAUUGGCGUGAAAAGGAUUCCCGGGACCUAUUGUCAUAGAUAUAAGGUGGUGGUUAAAAUUAAGGAUCACGAGGGCCGUCUGAGGACUGAGUCUUCCUCAAGUUCCAGUGGAGUCCAUCGUGAAAUCGCAGGUGGAGUCCACCUGGCAGGCUGUGGGGACGGGCCAUGGGGCCAUACUGCAGACAAGCGCAUCCCCAGGCGCCAGCUGUGUCCGGCCUUUGCCAUCAAACGACACCCAGGCGUGGCUCCUGCUGUUGAAAGGCACCACCACACGGAGAGUCACGUGCUCUGGGAGUAUCAGUGGCCGAAAGGACAGAGAGUGGGGGCAGAUUGGCGUGAAAAGGAUUCCCGGGACCUAUUGUCAUAG